UCCAUAUCACACCGCAAGAGAUAAGAAACAGAAACCCUACUUUGAGUCGCCUCCGCGAAGAUGCAGAUCUUCGUGAAAACCCUAACAGGGAAAACAAUCACCCUCGAGGUUGAAUCCUCUGAUACGAUCGACAAUGUCAAGGCUAAGAUCCAGGAUAAGGAAGGAAUCCCACCAGAUCAACAACGUUUGAUUUUCGCUGGAAAACAACUUGAAGAUGGAAGAACUCUAGCUGAUUACAACAUUCAGAAGGAAUCGACUCUUCAUCUGGUUCUUCGUUUGAGGGGAGGAGCUAAAAAGAGGAAGAAGAAGACCUAUACUAAGCCAAAGAAGAUCAAGCAUAAGCAUAAGAAGGUUAAGCUCGCGGUUCUUCAGUUCUACAAAGUUGAUGAUUCUGGAAAGGUUCAGAGGUUGAGAAAGGAGUGUCCUAAUUCUGAGUGUGGUGCUGGAACUUUCAUGGCUAAUCAUUUUGACCGUCACUACUGCGGUAAGUGUGGUUUGACUUACGUUUACCAGCAAGCUGGACAAGAGUAAGUCGUGGUUACUCUUUAGUAAUAUUUAGUUUUGUUAAGAGGGUUUCUUAUUUGGUUGUUUUUAGGGAUUUAAAGAAUUUUCUUGUUGGUUAAUUUCAAUUUCAGCACCUUUUAUGAUAAGAUAUUAUGUCCUUUUCUUUUGUUAAAUGGAGAUUAUUAUUAUGACUCACUACGAAUAGA